CAACUGCUGGCAACACUGUGACUCGGUGCACGUUUCCGAAAUGUCAAAAUCAUAACCUAAAACGUAAACAAACUGUACAUUGUGACUACGUUAAAGACAACACAAAAAUGAUUGGAAGUGCUUCAAAAACGAUAAAAAAGUCAAAGAAAUUGACGAAAAAGAGGAAAAUCGACAAAACACUAGAUGUCGAUUACUCGUCGGAUUCGUCUCCUGAACACGAACCUCAAGAUGUAGAUGAUGAACGGUUGUCUGAUGACGGCGAUGAUGCAAAUGUUAGUCCACCCACCGAAGAAUCGAAAAAAAGCAGAAAAGCUGCAAUUCAGCUCGGCUUUGCCAGUGCUUUCGCCAAAGUGAUGAAACAGGAGAAACCGAAGAACAAAAAGAGUGUCUUUCUGUCCAAGUCAAAGAAAACCGCCGACCUAGUGGAUGAGAAAGUGGACAAAGUGGAUUUCGAAAUCGAUGGCGAAAUCAAGGAGGAGAAACCGGACAAAACUCAACUGGAUCUGGACAUCGACGUGAAGGACAGAAAGAAUAAAACGCUCGCGUUGCGCAUGAAACCGUCAUUGAUGGACCGGGAACGGGAGAAAGCUUUCAAGAAAAUCGCCACCAAAGGCGUUGUACAGCUGUUCAAUGCGGUGCGCGUUCAGCAGAAAGAUUUGGCCCAGAAAUUGGACGACGUUGGGCCGUUGGAUCACAGGAAAGACGCCGUGCUCAAUAACAUUAACAAGAAAAAGUUUUUGGAUGUGCUGAUGGGUGGCAAUCGGGCAAAAUCUGAGCUGGUCGACAAUCCCGUUAAAGAUGAGGUGAAAGAGGAGAGUGAGGAUGGUGAUGAUGGCUACACAGAAACGGAUCGGCCCGAUGCAUCGAAGUCACAGUGGAGUGUUUUGAGGAACGAUUUCAUGACCAACAAAAAGAUGACCAAUUGGGACAAGGAUGACGACGACGACGAUGAUGAUGAUGAAGGCAACGCAAACACUGAUGACGCCUCGGAUUCGGAUUGAUAACGGUGUAUAUUUGUGAGGUUCUCUUUUUUGUAUAAUAAAGGAAGUUGCGAUGGA